AGCAGCCAUUUCAUCUCCACAGAAACCAGACACAAAAACAUGGCAGAAAUGGAGAAAGAAGGGAGACCUCCGGAAAAUAAACGGAGCAGGAAGCCGGCUCACCCAGUGAAAAGGGAGAUCAAUGAGGAGAUGAAGAACUUUGCAGAAAACACCAUGAAUGAACUCCUUGGCUGGUAUGGCUAUGAUAAGGUUGAAUUAAAAGAUGGUGAAGAUAUUGAAUUCAGGAGCUACCCUACAGAUGGGGAGAGCCGGCAGCACAUUUCUGUUCUCAAAGAAAAUUCUUUGCCAAAACCAAAAUUACCUGAGGACAGUGUUAUUUCACCAUACAAUAUAAGCACAGGCUAUUCAGGGCUUGCCACUGGAAAUGGACUCAGUGACUCACCUGCAGGGUCAAAGGAUCAUGGCAAUGUGCCCAUUAUUGUACCUUUAAUUCCACCACCUUUCAUAAAGCCACCAGCAGAAGAUGAUGUGUCAAAUGUACAAAUAAUGUGUGCCUGGUGCCAGAAAGUGGGAAUCAAGCGCUAUUCCCUGAGUAUGGGAAGUGAGGUGAAAAGCUUCUGCAGCGAGAAGUGCUUUGCGGCCUGCCGACGAGCCUACUUCAAGAGAAAUAAGGCUAGAGAUGAAGAUGGACAUGCUGAAAAUUUUCCCCAGCAGCACUAUGCUAAGGAAACUCCAAGGCUUGCCUUCAAGAAUAACUGCGAACUACUUGUAUGUGACUGGUGUAAGCACAUAAGACACACAAAAGAAUACCUGGAUUUUGGGGACGGGGAAAGAAGGCUUCAGUUCUGCAGUGCAAAAUGUCUCAAUCAAUACAAAAUGGACAUUUUCUACAAAGAGACCCAGGCCAAUCUUCCAGCUGGGCUGUGCAGCACAUUACACCCUCCCAUGGAAAAUAAAGCAGAAGGCACCGGGGUGCAGCUGCUCACUCCAGACUCUUGGAAUAUCCCGCUAACAGAUGCUCGGAGGAAGGCCCCCUCCCCUGUGGCUACAGCUGGCCAAAGCCAGGGCCCUGGCCCGUCAUCGUCCACCACCGUCUCUCCAUCUGAAACUGCCAACUGCUCUGUCACUAAAAUCCCCACGCCAGUGCCCAAGUCCAUCCCCAUCAGCGAAACUCCAAAUAUCCCUCCUGUCUCCGUCCAGCCACCUGCUAGCAUCGGGCCUCCCCUUGGCGUCCCGCCUCGCAGCCCUCCCAUGGUGAUGACCAACCGCGGCCCAGUGCCGCUGCCCAUCUUCAUGGAGCAGCAGAUCAUGCAGCAGAUCCGCCCGCCCUUCAUCCGCGGGCCUCCGCACCACGCCUCCAACCCCAACAGCCCCCUGUCCAACCCCAUGCUUCCCGGCAUCGGGCCCCCGCCCGGCGGCCCCAGAAACCUGGGCCCCACUUCCAGCCCCAUGCACCGGCCCAUGCUAUCGCCCCACAUCCACCCCCCGAGCACCCCCACCAUGCCCGGGAACCCCCCAGGCCUGCUUCCCCCGCCGCCCCCGGGCGCCCCGCUGCCCAGUCUUCCCUUCCCGCCGGUGAGCAUGAUGCCAAAUGGCCCGAUGCCGGUGCCCCAGAUGAUGAAUUUCGGGCUGCCGUCGCUCGCCCCGCUGGUGCCGCCCCCGACCCUGCUGGUGCCAUACCCCGUAAUCGUGCCCCUGCCUGUUCCCAUCCCCAUCCCCAUCCCCAUCCCUCACGUCAACGACUCCAAGCCCCCCAAUGGGUUCUCCAGCAAUGGGGAGAACUUCAUUCCGAGCGCCCCAGGCGACUCCGCGGCGGCAGGCGGCAAGCCAGGCGGACACUCCCUGUCCCCCCGGGACUCCAAACAGGGCUCGUCCAAGUCCGCGGACUCGCCCCCCGGCUGCUCUGGCCAGGCCCUGAGCCUGCCGCCCGCGCCCGCGGAGCAUGGCCGGAGCGAGGUGGUGGACCUGACGCGGCGCGCCGGCAGCCCCCCGGGACCCCCGGGCGCCGGCGGCCAGCUCGGCUUUCCAGGCGUGCUGCAUGGCCCGCAGGACGGAGUCAUCGACCUGACCGUGGGCCACCGGGCCCGGCUGCACAACGUGAUCCACCGCGCGCUGCACGCGCACGUCAAGGCUGAGCGCGAGCCAGGCGCCGCAGAGCGCAGGACCUGCGGCGGCUGCAGGGACGGCCACUGCAGCCCGCCAGCCGCCGGCGACCCGGGCCCGGGCGCCCCGGCGGGCCCCGAGGCGGCCGCGGCCUGCAACGUCAUCGUGAACGGCACGCGCGGCGCCGCCGCCGAGGGCGCCAAGAGCGCUGAGCCGCCGCCGGAGCAGUCGCCACAGCCGCCGCCGCCCGCGCCCCCCAAGAAGCUGCUGUCGCCUGAGGAGCCGGCGGUGAGCGAGCUAGAGUCGGUCAAGGAGAACAACUGUGCUUCCAACUGCCACCUGGACGGGGAGGCGGCCAAAAAGCUGAUGGGCGAGGAGGCCCUGGCGGGGGGCGACAAGUCAGACCCGAACCUUAAUAACCCCGCGGACGAGGACCAUGCCUAUGCUCUGCGGAUGCUGCCCAAGACCGGCUGCGUGAUCCAGCCUGUGCCAAAACCCGCGGAGAAGGCUGCCAUGGCGCCGUGCAUCAUCUCCUCGCCCAUGCUCAGCGCCGGGCCCGAGGACCUGGAGCCGCCGCUCAAAAGAAGAUGCCUCCGAAUUAGAAAUCAGAAUAAGUAAAAGAUGUACCCGUAACCUUCCAUCUUCAGCAGGACUAGAGUGAAGCAAAGGAAAUGCUUAGGGCAGAGACUCUGAAGAAGCACCCACUCAGGGUCAUGCUAGUGCAGCACUGGUCCUGGCUAUGGUCUCCAGAGCCAUUUGGCAGCUCCCUAAAGCUGGUCUCCUGGCCCCCUGGACUCGUCAUGGAUGGCCCUCAGCAACUUCCCAUGAAAUUUCAUGGAAAGUUUUAUGUGCCUAUGCACAGAGACAUUUUCAUGAGAGAAGAGGUCCAUAGAUUUUGGCUCCAGAAAAAGUAUGCUCUGUAUCUCUGAAGGAUUCUCUUACCUUACUGUAAACCAAUAUGUGAGUUGAAAUGUUUCUUGUUUCUCUGAGGAAGUUGAAUUAAUUGAAAGUUUCCCUUAAAACUUAGAAUAUACCGUUUGGCAAUUUCUGCUGUGGACCUAAUGUUGCAGACUCAAAGUUGGAGCUACAUAAUGUAGCACUUGCCUCAAUAAGAUUGUCUUAGUGACACUAUGCAAGAGGUAAUAGACUUCUUCAAGUUACCAUUUCCCACAAGGGCCUAUGAUGAAAGAAGAGAAGCAAGAAAGAAACAAGCUAGAUACAUCCCCAGCACUUGAACUUUCAAAUUUAUAAAGUAUAGGGAGACACUGUCCUUCUGUGGAAAGACCUUCUGCCCUGCUACUGAGGCCAAGAAAGCAGAAUGGCCAGAGUCAGAGAGGUGGACAGGUCAGUGAACACCAGAGUAUUGAUGUGGCGGUGUCUGGGAGCGCUGCCCAUGCUCCCCAGCUCCCCAGAUCCCUUGUACACCUCUUCACCUGAAGAGACCGCACUUGGAAAGAGAGAUGUGUUCUGCCAGCUAUUAACCAGCCGUUGCCCAGGAGGGCACUGGAAAUCAGCUCCCUGACUGGUUUCCAAUGAAUCACUCCCUCGCCAGCCUUAGCUGUUGCCUGUGCACCAUGUUCAAUCAUUUACACCUACCUUCAUGCAGACAAGUGCUGCAGAGGGGCAGAGAUGUCUGAGGACCAAAAUACACCUCACCGCGGAACACUUACCUCAUGUUGUGGAACAUACCCCCACCCGAACGCCCUGCCUUUUCCAGACCUUCCUGUCUAGGAGAUCCUGCCAAAAGGAUGGGGGUGGCCAUUCUGUUUUCUUUCACCAUGUCCUGCACAACUUAUUUUGUAUCCUUCAGCUGCUAUUUUAAGUGCAUAGCACUUUCUAUGUGGAUGGAUGUUAAGGCAAUGCAUUCUGCAUGUUGUAAACUUUUUCUUAGUGCCUCAAAGGCAUAAAAGAAAUUCAUUCGGAGAAAGAAAGAAAUUAGCUUUAGAAAAGAAACAAUUUAGCACUAGCAUCGUUUAACAGGGACCCAUUCUCAAGGAAAUGGGGUAAAUGCCAUUUCAGACACCAGCUCCAAAUUCUAACUGCAGAGAGCUCUUCUCCAGAUUUGUGGAUUUCCACAGCAUUCUGCUGGAGAAAAAAUAAGUAGGGCGGGGUCAGGCUUAGGAACAUGAGACGAUCAACAAGGAAGGGAAGAACACACACAGGCACACAACUUAUUUCAAGGGUCAUCAAAAAGAUUCAAGUGAAAAUGACUGGAGCAAAAGCAAAUGGCAAUAACAACAAAAACUUGGAAUUAGUCUCUAAUGCUUUAAAAUAGUCCCGAGUGUACUACAUAGUUUUAAAUUGGAAAUCAGUCAAGUUACCUAACUCUGCCACUCCUAGGACUGAAUUAUGAUCAUGAGCAAAAAAUGCUUGUGUAAUUGUGCCAUGCUGCCCAGAUGUACAGCCCUGAGUAGGGAGAUGGGGGCAGAGCAGACUCGGCUUUCCAGGUAGCCGAGGGGUCAGAGCUGGGGCAAAUCAAAGCUUCCAGUGCUCACAGCCUCGUUCCCAUCCAGAUAUUUGGCUGCACCAGCACUAGUUAUCUCAUUAUUUUCCCCUCUGAACCUCUGAUUUGUUGUCUGUCUUUGAUGUAGUAAGCUGUGUUUUGUUUUGGGUAAAAGGGGAAGAAUGCGAUUGGUAAUAUUUAAAGAACAAAAGGGAGAAAUGCUUUAUGGAUUCAUUUGUUAUGAAACAUUGACCUAACAUCCAAAAAAAUACAACUAAAAAGUAGAUCUUUCCCUCAUUUGCAUGGCUUAUUUCCCCAGACAUGUUUUUGGUAUUGAAAAUGAAUGGUAUUCCCAUACAACAUGUGUCUCAAUUUGUAAUGAUAUCCUCCUUGCAGCUGGCUUAGUUCUGCAAGUGUUUCUAAAAUGUUACUGUCUUAAAUUUGAACCAACCUAUAAUAACAAAUUAUCUAGAAGUGAAGUGGCUAAACUGCAUUUGGUGAGAGAAGGGGAAACCCUAUAUUUCAUCCUUCAACUCUUGUUUUAGAAAUUCAGACUGUAAUGUGAUCUUUUUCUAAAGAAAUCUAUACAGGCACACUUUAAAAAUUGGGCAGAUUGGGUGUUGUGGGAGCAAGAAUGAUCAGGUUUAAGUUUCUCUGCAAAGCUCUGCAUCCCAUCAACAAGCCCUUUUGAUAUUUUAAACCCAUAUUUAGAGUAAUUUCAAGAUAUUUGGAGCACAUGUGGUUAAAUGUAAAACUUUGUCAUUAUAAUGUGUUAGAUGCUUAUACUUUAAAUAUUUAUAAGCCAUUUUUAAGUACUUUGCCCAAAAGCCUUCUCCCACUAGAAUGCUGUAAUUGAGUGGUAUCUGAGCAUCAUUAUAGAAGAUACAAGAUGAAGUCACUGCAGCAUGCAUUCACAUUCUUCUUGCUUUUCUGGUUUUAAUUCAAAUGUCAUUUUUAGCAGAAUCAGCUUAUUUUAUUAUUUUAAAAAUGUAUUAAAAAGUCAUAAACAA